AGCGGAUUCCUUGUUUGGUCUAAUGCUAUCAAACUAAUAUGUUAAUUUCCACCAUCUGUUUCAUACAAGAACACCAAAGAGCAUUUAUUUAAACCUUUGCUAUUGUAUGCAGUCACGAGGUAUAUGAAAUAGAACGCCCGUGUGUGAUUGUUUGUAGCUACUUUGCAGCAAAAAAGACGCACACAAGUUAGAAGUGACAUAUAACCAGUGUUUCCUAUCCAUUGUCGUUUCAAAAUUCAUUGCUUCGCCACAUAAAGAGAAAUAAUAAGUUACAUUCGUUCAUUACAUUAAUUUAUAUUCCUACAAAAAGUCCUAUAUGGAUGUGAAAGUACUCGAAAACAAGAGAGGUUCACAAUGUAGUUAAGUGUUGGUAACAAGGUUUCAAGUGUCAGACACUUUUAGUGGCACAAGAGGCGCAAGGAAAGCAAUCGUGCAAACUUAAAUUUCAACGAAUAAGGAUUCGUAUGUUUGGUUCCCCGUUGGUGUACACACAUGCUUUUAUUUCUUUGGUCUAAAUACAUUAGUUUAAUUACUUCAGGUCAGAAUAUAGAUUUGCUAUAAUACCAGUAUAACAUUACAACUACACAAUAAGGUUACGUCACAGGAUUUAUUUUAAAUUUUAAAAACAAAAGUUAGUAAAUUCGAGUUUACGUCAUCGCUAUUGAAGCUGACAUCAUUAACAGUGACGUAAUAUGGCGACGGCAAGCAAGUUCGAUGAGCGUCAUCACUAUAUAUGUGGACAGAUCGGCAGCGUACUUGACAUGCAACAUUACGAAGUAGAAGCUAUACUUGGUAAAGACCCGAAGUUUCAUUACUUCGAGGAUUUCUUUCGCAUCGGCGGGAAUCGAACCCUGGUAAUGUUCUACCAAACCCAGCCCCCUAAAUUGGUUGAAACAAGCCAAGAAACCAACCCUUACUCAAGCAGGGAGGUUACGGCAACCACAGGAUCUAGGUUCGAGUAUGUCAAUGCAUCUUGUGACGUCAACACAAAGCUCUGUGAUGGCAGAGAAGCAGGGGAAGUACCUGUUUAUAACCAACGCACAAGAAGAGCCCCUGGUCGGCCAUUGCUUCUUCUUCGUUCGCCACUCCAAUGAGAAAGCGAUCAAACCCGACAACGUGCAUAAGGACGCCUACUUUGGGUGUUUCGAGGUGGAGGAUGGUGACGUGUUAGGGGCUGUGCAGUUCUAUAUGUCGAAGAUAAUGCUGCCAGCUCUAAAGGCGACAAGCAACUGGGGCCAACUAACCGGACAACGUUUGGAGCAGUACAGAGGACGGUUCUUGGAAGAAGUUGAGACGUUUAUCGAGUGUUUGGGGAACGCACGAACCAGUGUGAAAGAGCAGCAGAUUAAACUCACACAUAUUGAUGUAAACGUUGACAUAACUUCAAUGUCACCGGGUCAAUACGCGAGUUUAGGUUCUGACCCAACUGUUAUUGAGAACUUAGAAAAACAACUCGAGGUUUGGAUGAAGGAGAUUGACCAGAUAUUGGUCGUAAGCGAACAAAUUCAAUGUGAAGCAGAUGACAUUGGACCAUCAGCCGAGCUUGACCAUUGGAAGAGAAGAACCGCAAGAUUUGAUUGCCUUCUAUCUGAGAUUAGAAAACCAAGGAUUCGGGCAAUUACCGCAGCUCUGCACGCACUCAAGUCAAAAUCAAUCAAGAAAUGGAGAGAAAUUGAUUCCAUGAUCACUGAUGCCACGAACGAAGCAAAAGACAACGUUCGUUAUCUUUAUACACUCGACAAGUUCUUUGGUCCUCUGGUUAAAUGCUCACCUUGCAGUUUGAUUGACCACAUCCCCAACCUACUAAACACAGUGAGAAUGAUCUACAGCAUAUCUCAGUUCUACAACACAUCAGAAAGAAUGACAUCACUCUUUGUGAAGAUAACAAACCAAAUGGUGUCUUCAUCCAAAGUAUAUAUGUACCAAGGAGUGACAAAAAUAUGGGACCAUCCAAGAGAGGAACUGGUAUCUCGAAUAAACGAUUGCUUGAAACUUAAUGAAGCAUAUCAAAAUAGAUUCCAAGCCACGAAACAAAAACUUCGAGAAAAUCCGAAAGAACCCCAGUUUGAAUUUAGUGAAAACUAUAUAUUUGGGAGGUUUGACACAUUUUGUGCGCGACUGCUCCAAAUAAGGGAGAUGGCCACGACCUUAGAAGCUUUGUCGUGUCUGCCUCAUAUUAGAUUACAGGGAAUGGAAAGUUACGUUGCCAAAUACAAAGCAAUCAUUGCAACCGUGAAAAAGAAAUCAUAUGAUCACCUGAAUCAUCGUUGUCGUGAGUUCCGUGAAGAUUAUGAUGAUUUCAUGAACCAGAUAUCGAGCAUUCGUGAAGGGAUACAGGGUUUAGUGGAGUUGUGUUUCUCAAGGACAUUACCUGCAGCACAGGCGGUGUCAACGCUUGAAAAGUUUGCGGAGAUUAAAGGAAUAGAGUUGGAUCUGUGGGAUAAAUACAUGAGGGUUUUGCUUCUGUUUGGCAAAGAGGUUGAAGUUAUGAAGAAAACUUAUCAGAAACAAAAGGAAGAUCCUCCUAUAGCAAGAAAUAUGCCACCGAUAUCCGGACGUAUAUUAUGGUCUCGUCAGCUUUACACACAUCUUGAGAUUUCUAUGUUGGCUCUGGCUCGUAACAAAGACCUAAUGAGAACACCCGAAGCUCGGAAAGUUGUCAAGAAUUAUAAUAAAGUGGCUGCAGCUUUGACUGAGUAUGAGAUAUUAUUUCACCGUGCAUGGGCACGAGGUGUGGAAGGAAUUAUGAGCGGGCUCAAAGCUUCAAUCCUGGUUCGUCACCCAGAAACCCGUGAACUCUUCGUGAACUUUGACCCGAGAGUUUACGAACUCUUGUGCGAGACUCGUCACAUGGUGGGGCUAAAGCUCGAAGUUCCCGACUUGGCGUUCAAACUUCUUGCAAUAGAUUCGGAGAAAUUAAAGUUUUACGCAGCAACGUUAACAGACAUGCUCAAGGAACACAAGUCACUAAUUGAGGAAAUCCCACCAAUAUUAACUCACGCAUCAUCCAAUCAUGUGACGCAACUUGAUGAGAUUUUCAUCCCAGGAUUAACAAGAAUCAACUGGUGUUCAUUAAACAUAGAAAAAUUUAUAUCAGGAGUAGAGGACCGAGUUGGGGAGUUUAAAUUAUUCGUUAAACAGCUCUCUGACACCAUUGAGUGUCGGAUAAACACAAUUCUCGACGAAAUAAUCUCAAUCCCCCUAGUGGUCAUUCCUGAUGGAGAACCGCUGCAUAUUAACGAGUUCGUUGAAAUGACAGAGAUUGCGUGUUCGAAAGGAAUCGAGAAUUUGUCCCGUCUUACCUCGGUGAUGGAACAGUGCGUGGAUGAGCUCAUAGAGAUCUUAAAAAGUAAAUUGAAACCAUCAGACAUCGGAGUUUUGGUGGAGCCAUACUACUGCACCCACCAUGAAGCGAAGUUGAAAGGCCAGAGGUGCCAGGAAUGCUUGAGUUGUAUUUACUUCAACACCCUCCAUCUGUUUGCACAGAAAAACACGGAUGCUCUAACCAGAUGUUUGCGAGACUCUUUGGACCGGAUCAAGAAGAGACUUCGAGUGAAGAGCUCAUCCUCGGACUACGGAUCAACAUCCAGUACUCCUACAACUCCUAACCCUCCAAUCCUGAAGACGGAUAUCAUCCUGGCUCUUCCUAACAUAGUGAUCAAACCAUCACUUGAUGAGAUACAACAUUCACUUAAUAAGAUAUCUCAAAGUAUUGUCCAGUCAUGCAAGGCCAUACCACAAUGGCGACACAGCAUAUUUGCCCAGCAUGAAUUAGAACAACAAGUACAAGGAGAUGGAGAAGUUACUUCACCUGGACCUCAUAAACAUACUAAUAAGGCAUUGUGUGAUAACAAAGAGAUCGUGAAGAUAAUGAGCCAACUAAAUACAUUGAUCGGAUCUUUGAAAUCUGAAUGCGGGAAAGUUCUUCAACGAGUUACAAGCGGUGUCGAUUAUUCGGAGAUUUGGGAGAAGGACGCGGAUGGGAAACUACAAGUGUUUAAGGAACAUGGGCCUAGUCUUGCUGAAUAUCAAGACCAGAUCAGAUACUAUCAUAAACUAGAAGAGCGAAUCGAAAGCAUCCCUAGUUCUCUGGUUGAUGGUCCAAUAUUAUUCUCUACUGAGCAAUUCAAGUACGCUCUUAAGAUGGAAUGUAGAGCGGCUAAAGUUGCAUUUGGAAGGGAAUUAAACCAUACUGCUGGGGAUCUGAUGGAGGACAUCUUCACAUUUGUGGAGAACGUAGGGAAAGGUUUCAACCGAUCUUUGAACGACUUGGAUGAUGUGAGGACAUCAAUGACAUGCUUAGAAGAACUGAGGAAUAAUGAGAUAAGACUGGAUGGAUGUAUUGGUCCUCUGGAAGAAGCAUAUGCUCUUCUUAAUAAAAUGGAAUUAACAUUUGACGAUGGCAAUGCGGAAAGAGUUGACACGCUUGGUUAUUCAUGGAAGACUGUGAUGCAACAAUCACGGGAAGCACAAGAGAAUCUUCUGAUCGUUCAACCACAAUUCAGAUCUGAUCUUCUAUCAGGGGUAGAACAAUACAUUGAAGAUGUUUUAAUAUUCGAGACGGACUAUUUGGAAAGAGGUCCCAACAUACAAGGAGUCCCACCCCAGGAAGCAAGUGAAAGAUUAACAAUUUUCCAAAUUCGUUUUGAUGAUCUUUGGCGUAAAUACAACACGUAUUCGGCUGGGGAGGAAUUGUUUGGCCUCUCCAAGACAGACUACCCAGCUCUGUAUAAAAUAAAGAAAGAACUAAAUCUACUUUCCAAGCUCUACACACUUUAUAAUGCGGUAAACGAUAGUGUGGAUGGGUAUUAUGACAUCAUGUGGCAGGAACUUGACAUUGAAGCUGUCAACUCUGAGUUGGUUGAGUUUCAGAAUAAAUGCCGAAAGUUACCGCGGGGAUUGAAGGAAUGGAAAGCAUUUCUUGAUUUGAAGAGAAAAAUUGAUGAUUUCAAUGAAUGCUGCCCCUUGUUGGAGAUGAUGGCCAACAAGGCAAUGAAGUCUCGACACUGGGAUCGAAUAACAGCUAUCACCAACCAUAAGUUUGAUGUGGAAUCCGACAACUUCUUACUACGACAUAUAAUGGAGGCUCCUAUACUUCCUAACAAGAAUGACAUUGAGGACAUUUGUAUCUCGGCCACCAAGGAGAAAGACAUUGAAGCAAAACUGAAAGUGAUAAUUGCUGAGUGGGAGGGCCAGAACUUCACGUUUUCAACUUUCAAGUCAAGGGGAGAACUUCUAUUGAAAGGACAAGAUGUACAGGAACUUGUGGCUUUGUUAGAAGACAGUUUGAUGGUGUUGGCUUCUUUGUUAAGUAACAGGUACAAUGUUCCAUUCAAACCAAAGAUCCAACUAUGGGUGAACAAACUAUCUGGAACCACUGAAAUAAUAGAGCAAUGGAUGACGGUUCAGAACCUUUGGAUUUAUCUUGAAGCAGUGUUUGUUGGGGGGGAUAUUGCUAAACAAUUACCGCAGGAAGCGAAAAGGUUUUCCAACAUCGACAAAUCGUGGCAGAAGAUCAUGCAGCGAGCUCAUGAGACAACUAAUGUUGUUCAGUGUUGUGUGGGGGAUGAUACGUUGGAUCAACUGUUGCCACAUUUACUUGAGCAAUUAGAAAUCUGCCAGAAGUCAUUGACAGGCUACCUUGAAAAGAAGCGAUUGGUUUUCCCGAGAUUCUUCUUCGUUUCUGACCCAGCGUUGCUUGAAAUACUAGGACAAGCAAGUAACUCCCACAGUAUCCAGGCACAUCUGGUUGGGGUGUUUGACAACGUAUGUACAGCAACGUUCCAUGAAAAAGAUUACGACAAAAUUAUUGGAGUAAAUUCAAGGGAAAAGGAACAUAUUGAUCUAGAGAAGUUUGUUAUGGCACAGGGCAAUGUUGAAGUAUGGCUGGGAAAUUUAUUGAAAGCCGUACAAAACAGCAUUCACUGCAUUAUAAGACAAGCUUUCUAUGGAAUUGAAGAUUCUGCUUUUAAGAUGCUCGAGUUUCAGAGCAUGUUUCCAGCACAAGUUGGCUUGCUUGGAAUUCAAAUGAUUUGGACGAGAGAUAGUGAAGUGGCUUUGAAGAAUGCAAAGACUGAUAGAAAGAUAAUGCAAGUGACCAACCAAAGGUUCCUUGAUAUGUUGAAUGAGUUGAUUGGAGUGACAACGAGGGAUCUUACGAAGAUGGAUCGCGUCAAAUACGAAACACUCGUCACAAUUCAUGUUCACCAAAGGGAUAUAUUUGAUGACUUGGUUCACAUGCACAUCAAGUCUGUAUCGGACUUUGAGUGGUUGAAGCAGUCAAGGUUUUACUUUCAAGAAGACACCGAUCUAUGUAUCGUCUCAAUCACCGAUGUCAACUUUGAAUAUCAGAACGAAUAUCUUGGUUGUACUGAUAGACUGGUUAUCACACCAUUGACUGACAGGUGUUACAUCACACUCGCACAAGCUCUUGGUAUGAGUUUAGGGGCUUCCCCUGCAGGUCCAGCAGGAACAGGGAAGACAGAGACAACCAAGGAUAUGGGGAAGUGUCUGGGGAAGUACGUGGUUGUGUUUAAUUGCUCCGAUCAGAUGGAUUAUAGAGGGUUGGGAAGAAUCUAUAAAGGUCUAGCACAGUCAGGAUCCUGGGGUUGUUUUGACGAAUUCAAUCGAAUCGAGCUUCCCGUUCUCUCAGUAGCCGCGCAACAAAUCGCGAUUGUCCUUGGAGCGAAGAAAGAUCGGAAGAAAGCUUUUAUCUUCACCGAUGGUGACAACGUGACACUCAAUCCAGAGUUUGGACUUUUCCUUACAAUGAACCCCGGCUAUGCAGGAAGACAAGAACUUCCAGAAAACUUGAAAAUAAACUUCCGUUUGGUAGCGAUGAUGGUGCCUGACCGUCAGAUUAUCAUGAGAGUGAAACUUGCUUCGUGUGGGUUUGUGGAGAACGUUCAACUUUCCAGAAAAUUCUACACAUUGUACAAGUUGUGUGAGGAACAACUGACGAAACAGGUCCAUUACGACUUCGGACUACGAAACAUCCUCUCUGUCCUCCGGACUUUGGGAGCAACGAAGAGAUCAAGUCCUGGGGACUCCGAGAUGAAGAUUGUGAUGCGGAUCCUCCGUGAUAUGAACCUCUCCAAGCUCGUGGAUGAGGACGAACCUCUCUUCUUGUCGCUCAUCAAUGAUCUUUUCCCAGGGAUCCAACUUGAGAAGGCUGGUUACCCCAAAAUAGAGGCUGCUAUUGAGCAUCAGGCAUUAGAGAUGGGAUUAGUGUACCACCCACCAUGGGUGUUAAAGUUGAUCCAGUUAUACGAAACACAACGUGUACGCCAUGGUAUGAUGACAUUGGGACCAAGCGGAGCGGGGAAAACAGCUUGCAUUCAUGUUCUUAUGAAGGCAAUGGCACAGUGUGGAAGUCCUCACCGUGAGAUGCGAAUGAACCCAAAAGCGAUCACAGCGUCCCAGAUGUUUGGAUCGUUGGAUGUCGCAACCAAUGAUUGGACAGAUGGGAUAUUCUCAACUCUGUGGAGAAGAACACAUAAAGCUAAGAAGGGUGAAAAUGUAUGGUUGGUCCUUGAUGGGCCAGUUGAUGCGAUUUGGAUCGAGAACCUUAACUCAGUGUUGGAUGAUAACAAGACCCUCACCCUCGCUAACGGGGAUCGGAUACCGAUGGCUCCAAAUUGUAAAAUCAUAUUCGAACCUCACAAUAUUGAUAAUGCAUCACCUGCUACAGUGUCUAGGAAUGGUAUGGUGUAUAUGAGUUCCUCCAUAUUGAAUUGGAAUCCAAUAUUAACAGCUUGGUUGAAAGGCAAACCAACUGUUAUGUUCGAGGUUUUAAUGCCGGCAUUUGAAGGACCUUUUGUUGCAUUAUACAGAUAUGUGGAGAAUAGCUUAGUGGCCAAGAUGAGUGUAUUGGAAUGUAUGUACGUUCAACAGAUGCUACUUAUAAUGCAAGGGUUACUACCAGAUACAGAUGAAGGGAAAACUAUGGAAAAAACUCAUCUAGAAAGGUUGUUUGUGUUCUGCAUGAUGUGGUCACUAGGGGCGCUGUUGGAACUUCCCGAUCGCGAAAAAAUGGAAGAAUUUCUUUAUAAAUACAAAAAGGAUAACGGAGUUCUCAACCUGCCCAACCUUAAACCAGGUGCUGGUGAAAAUAUGUUUGAAUACCUUGUGUCUGAGUCUGGUGAAUGGCAGCACUGGUCAGAUCAUGUCACAACUUAUGAUUAUCCGAGUGAUUCAACACCUGAGUACCUUUCAAUACUUGUUCCUAAUGUUGAUAAUGUGAGGAUGGAUUACCUCAUGCACACUGUCAUGAAACAGGAAAAAGCCGUCUUAUUGAUUGGUGAACAAGGCACAGCUAAGACAGUGAUAGUGAAGGGUUAUAUGAAUACGAGAUACAACAUAGAGGUCCAUGCCACCAAGGCUGUCAACUUCUCAUCAGCUACAACUCCUCUUAUGUUUCAACGAACCAUUGAGAGUUAUGUUGACAAGCGUGUUGGUACAACAUAUGGACCUCCUGCUGGCAAGAAAAUGACAAUGUUUAUUGAUGACAUAAACAUGCCUGUUAUUAAUGAAUGGGGGGAUCAAAUAACAAACGAGAUUGUUCGACAAUUGAUGGGAAACAAGGGAUAUUAUAAUUUAGAGAAACCAGGCGACUUCACGAACAUAGUAGACAUCCAGUUUGUGGCAGCCAUGAUACAACCUGGGGGUGGAAGGAAUGAUAUUCCACAACGAUUGAAGCGACAAUUCACAAUAUUCAACAGCUGUUUGCCUUCAAACUCAUCCAUUGAUAAAAUAUUUAAGACCAUUGGGUGCGGCCAUUUCUGUGAGCCCCGCGGGUUCAACCAGGAAGUAUGUUCGUUGAUUCCCAUGCUCGUUACUGCCACCCGGAGGUUAUGGCAAGCAGUGAAGGGGAAGAUGCUUCCAACCCCGGCAAAGUUUCAUUACGUCUUCAACUUAAGAGAUCUCAGCAGGAUAUGGCAGGGCAUGCUGACAAUUGAAAGUGAAGUUACAACUUCUAUACAAGUAGUCAUGCUGCUAUGGAAGCACGAGUGCACGCGUGUCAUUGCUGAUAGGUUUGUUGGACCACAGGAUGAAGCUUGGUUUCAUAAAGCAAUGAAACAGGUUGUAAUAGAAGAAGUAGGGCAAGACAUGGCAGCUCAUGUAGCAGAGGAACCUUUCUUUGUCAACUUCCUACGCGAUGCUCCUGAAGCCACAGGAGAGGAAGAUGAUGAUGCGGGGUUCGAGGCUCCUAAGAUUUACGAACCAAUCGAAUCAUUGGAACAACUUGGUGGAAGAUUGGAAGUGUUUCAAGCUUCAUAUAAUGAGUUGAUACGAGGAGCUUCCAUGGACCUUGUGUUCUUUAGGGACGCUAUGAUCCACUUAUUGAAGAUAUCUCGCAUACUGAACACCUCACGAGGAAAUGCACUCCUUGUAGGUGUGGGGGGGUCAGGAAAGCAAUCUCUUACAAGGCUGGCUUCAUUUAUUGCCGGGUUUAAGACUUUUCAAAUCACAUUAACCAGAUCAUAUGGAGUCAGUAACUUGAUGGAUGAUUUGAAAGUUUUGUACCGAACGGCGGGGCAGGAGGGACACGGGAUAACUUUCAUUUUCACCGACAACGAAAUAAAAGAUGAAGCGUUUCUAGAAUAUCUUAACAAUGUGUUGGCUUCUGGUGAGGUAUCCAACUUAUUCGCACGGGACGAGAUAGAUGAGAUAACCCAGGAACUUGUGCCAGUGAUGAAGAAAGAAUAUCCAAGGCGGCCCCCUACCAAUGAAAAUCUUUACGACUACUUUUUAUCAAGAGUUAAAAGCAACUUACAUGUGGUCUUGUGUUUUUCACCAGUUGGUGAGAAGUUUCGAUCGCGUUCCAUGAAGUUCCCGGGUUUGAUCUCCGGUUGCACGAUCGAUUGGUUCGCACGGUGGCCACGCGACGCACUGGUGGCUGUGGCCAGGCAUUUUAUUUCUAGCUUUGAUAUCACGUGCACCCCUGAAGUGAAGCAGAGUUUGUAUGGAGUAAUGGGGGCAUUUCAGGACUUGGUAGCUGAGGCUUGCACUGAUUACUUUGAAAGAUUCCGACGACAAACUUAUGUUACACCCAAGUCGUAUCUUUCAUUUCUCAACAGCUACAAGUCAAUCUACAAAGAAAAGUUGGAUUUGAUUGGAAACCUCGCUCAUAGAAUGAAUACAGGUCUCAACAAACUGAUUGAAGCCACACAGUCGGUAAAUGAAUUAUCAAAGGAACUUGUUGAGAAGGAGAAGGAGCUGGUGGUGGCUUCAAAGAAAGCCGAUGAUGUGUUAGCUGAGGUCACAGUAUCUGCUCAAGCUGCGGAGAAAGUUAAAAGUAAAGUCCAGACAGUAAAGGACAAAGCGCAAGGUGUGGCUGAUAUGAUAAAUGCCGAUAAAUCGGUAGCAGAAGAGAAACUGAUAGCAGCCAAACCAGCACUUGCGAUGGCAGAAGCCGCGUUACAAACCAUCAAACCAGCAGAUAUUGCCACCGUAAGAAAGCUAGGGAAACCCCCUCACCUGAUAAUGAGGAUCAUGGAUUGCGUGUUGCUUCUUAUGAGGAGAAAAAUCAACAAAAUUGAGCAAGACCCAGAAAGACCUUGUGUGAAGCCAUCAUGGGCUGAAGCUUUGAAACUUAUGAAUGAUUCAAAGUUUCUUACAAUGUUACUUGAGUUUCCUAAGGACUCGAUAACUGGUGAGAUGGUUGAUCUAUUGGAACCGUAUCUCAACCAGGAAGAUUAUACGUUUGAAUCCGCCAAGAAAGUUUGUGGCAACGUAGCUGGGUUGUUAUCAUGGACGGAAGCUAUGGCUACUUUCUAUGCUAUUAAUAGAGAAGUGUUGCCGCUCAAGGCAAACCUUGUGGUACAAGAGCGCCGACUAGCGGUUGCAAUGGGUGACCUGGCGGAAGCACAAGCAAUAUUGGACGAGAAGCAAUCAGAGUUAGAUGCCGUGCAAGCUGUGUAUGAUAAUGCAAUGAAGUCUAAGCAAGACCUGAUUGAUGAUGCAGAGGCAUGUAAACAAAAGAUGAAUAAUGCUAAGGCUCUGAUUGGUGGGUUGGGUGGGGAGAAAAUAAGAUGGACAGAAGCAAGCAGGAGAUUCCAACAGGAGAUCAACAGAUUAGUUGGUGAUGUACUUCUCUGCUGCGGAUUCCUCUCUUACUCUGGACCUUUCAAACAAGAGUUUCGUCUUCUUCUCAUUGGAAGUUGGAAGAAAGAAAUGAGGAAAAAUAAAAUCCCUUUUAAUGAGAGUUUAGACGUCACAUCAAUGCUGGUAGAUUCAAAUACAAUAAAUGAAUGGAAUCUACAGGGAUUACCAAGUGAUGGAUUGUCAGUUCAAAACGGGAUCAUCGUCACCAAGGCAGGAAGAUAUCCUCUGCUUAUUGAUCCUCAAACACAGGGGAAGACUUGGAUCAAAAGAAGAGAAAAAGAAAACAAUCUUCAGAUCACAAGUUUAAACCACAAAUACUUCCGAACACAUUUGGAAGACUCCCUGUCUCUUGGUCGCCCCCUGCUGGUGGAAGAUAUUGGGGAGGAAAUAGAUCCCGUCCUUGACAAUGUGCUUGAGAAAAACUUCAUCAAAUCGGGAUCAACAUUCAAGGUUAAACUUGGUGACAAGGAGGUUGAUGUGAUGGAUGGCUUUGGAAUGUUCCUGAGCACCAAGCUAGCCAACCCUGCAUACACACCAGAGGUUAGCGCUCGAACGUCAAUCGUGGAUUUCACCGUCACUAUGAAGGGUUUGGAGGAUCAACUACUUGCGAGGGUCAUUGUUACUGAGAAACAGGAACUUGAAGCUGAAAGGAUUGAACUAUUGGAAGAUGUUACAAAGAAUAAACGGAAGAUGCAGGAACUUGAAGAUAAUCUUCUAUUUAGAUUAACAUCAACUGAAGGGUCACUGGUAGAGGAUCACAGUCUUAUACAAGUUCUACAGGUCACAAAAACUACAGCAGAGGAAGUCAGUGAGAAGUUGACGGUGGCUGAAGAGACAGAACAGAAGAUAAGCACCGCCAGGGAGGAGUAUCGACCAGUUGCAAGUAGAGGUUCAAUCCUUUACUUUCUAAUUACUGAGAUGUCAUUGGUGAACGUGAUGUAUCAAACGUCACUGGCUCAGUUCUUACAAGUGUUUGACCACAGCAUUCAAAGGUCCUCCAAGUCUCCAAUUCCAGCCAAGAGGAUUUCCAACAUCAUUGAUUAUCUUACCUUUGCUGUGUUCUGCUACACAGCAAGAGGUUUAUAUGAAGAACACAAGUUCCUUUUCACCCUACUACUUGCCCUCAAGAUUGAUAUACAAGCAGGGAGGGUUUCAAACACAGAGUUUGAUGUUUUGAUUAAAGGUGGAGCAGCUUUGGACAUGAAUUCAGUUGAACCAAAACCCAAGAAAUGGAUUCUUGAUGUGACUUGGUUAAACCUGGUGAGACUUGCACAACUACCACAGUUCAAACAAAUAACUUCACAGAUAUCUUCAAACGACAAAUCUUGGAAGUCCUGGUUUGAUGAGGAAGCACCAGAGGAAUGCGACAUCCCUGAAGGUUACACUAAAUCCCUUGAUGUAUUCCGGAAGUUUCUUCUCAUCCGUAGCUGGUGUCCUGACCGCACGAUGGCAAUGGCGAGGUACUUCAUCCUCGAUUCACUGGGGAAGAGGUAUGCUGAUGGUGUUACUUUAAACUUGGAGUUAAUGUACGAGGAGAGUGACAACCACACCCCAAUGAUAUGCCUGCUAUCCAUGGGGUCAGAUCCAACCGAUCAGAUUGAGAGACUCGCUAAAAAGUUGGCGAUUCGUUGCCAAGCCAUUUCCAUGGGACAAGGACAGGAAGUACAUGCACGAAGAUUGUUACAACAAGCCACAACAGAGGGAGGGUGGGUUCUGUUUCAAAACUGUCAUCUUGGCCUUAUGUUUAUGGAGGAACUUCUAGAAUCGAUCCAGACGCUUCCACCGGAGACCCACCCAACCAUGAGGGUUUACAUCACCACUGAAGUAAACGAUAAAUUCCCCAUCACUUUGCUACAAAUGUCGACCAAGUUCACCAACGAGCCUCCACAAGGAAUGAAGGCGGGUUUGAAGCGAACGUAUGCUGGAGUUACUCAAGAACAGCUUGAAGUGACCAACAUGCCUCAAUGGCGCCCUCUCCUGUACACCACAGCCUUCCUCCACUCGGUGGUACAAGAGAGGCGUAAGUUUGGGCCACUAGGGUGGAAUAUUCCGUAUGAGUUCAACCAAUCAGACUUCACGGCCAGUGUACAGUUUAUACAAAACCACCUUGAUGAUAUUGACCCUAAAAAGGGCGUCUCCUUCAAGACCAUCAACUACAUGAUCGGUGAAGUUAACUACGGCGGUCGCGUCACCGAUGAUUACGACAAAAGAUUGCUCAACACUUUCUGUAAAGUUUGGUUCGGGGAACAAAUGUUUGACGCCAAGUUUUCAUUCUUUGCUAAAGGAGGUUAUGUUAUACCUCGAUGUUCCAAUGUGGCAGACUACAGACUUGCCAUUGAAAAUCUACCUGACGUGGAUUCUCCAGAAGUGUUUGGUCUUCAUCCAAAUGCAGACAUCACUUAUCAGACUAACACAGCUAACCAGGUGUUCACCACCACACAAAGCAUCCAACCCAAAGAUUCAGGAGGAGGAUCUGGUGAAACGAGGGAGUCGGUUGUGGAGAGAUUGGCCACCGAGAUGUUGGAGAAACUUCCUCCUGAUUAUCGAGCUCAUGAAGUAAAGGAGAGGAUAGUUAAGAUGGGGAUCAGUGAUCCUCUUAAUAUCUUCCUUAGACAAGAGGUUGACCGAAUGCAGAAAGUAAUAGCUUGUGUCCGAACAACACUCACUGACCUACAGCUUGCAAUAGAAGGCACCAUUAUAAUGAAUGAAGCAUUACGCUGCGCAUUGGACAGCAUAUUUGAUGCACAAGUGCCCGCAGCAUGGACCAAGAUUUCCUGGGAUUCGGCCACCAUUGGUUUCUGGUUCACAGGAUUGUUGGAUAGGAAUGCUCAGUUCCAUACUUGGUUGUUUGAUGGAAAACCAAACCAAUUCUGGAUGACUGGGUUCUUCAACCCACAGGGAUUCCUGACAGCCAUGAGACAAGAGAUAACUCGCCAUCACCAAGGAUGGGCAUUAGAUGGCGUGGUCUUGCAUAAUGAGAUCACCAAGAUGUUAAAAGAGGAUGUGACAUGCCCUCCCAAUGAAGGGGUUUAUGUUUAUGGAUUGUUUCUAGAUGGGGCUGGAUGGGAUAAAAGGAACACGAGACUUAUAGAGCCGGCUAAUAAGGUUCUGUUUGCAAAUCUACCAGUUGCUCACGUGUUUGCUAUAAACGCAUCGAGCAAAGACUCGUCAACCAAAUGUAAAUCAGGCUACGUGUUCUACGACUGCCCUGUGUAUAAAAAACCACGACGUACUGACCUUACCUAUAUAUUCCCGCUUAAACUUAACACAACAGUCGCGCAUGGUUCAGAUAGAUGGACACUGAGGGGGGUGGCACUUUUAUGUGACACCAAGUAAUAAACAAACUUGUCACAACAGUUACACACCCUCAAACGACAACAAUUGGACACAUAACAAGUUCUUUUGUUGAACUAUUUUAAACAGAAGGGAAAAAGUAUAAAUUUACCAUUCUACUCUACAUUAACAAAACUAAUAGCCUAUGUAUUAUUUCUUAAGCAAUGUAUAUCAAUCACAAAACCUUUUUCUACAAGUUUGACACACAAUCAUAAUGACUUAAAUAUAAUCAUAAUGACAUGUAAUACUUUAACAUACAAUCAUAUUUUAUUUCAUUUUAGCUUACCUUUUUAGAUUUCUCUACUUGUUUAAUUCAUUUUGUGCAUUCAUCAUCUGCUACUUAACACAAGCUGUUGUAGUGUAAAGAUAGACUGCUUUGUGCUUUCGGUAGCAAAAUAAUGUUAAAUUCACCGGAUUGAAAACAAAAGCCAGAUCUGCACUCCCAAAAGCACGCUAUUUUCUAUUUGUAAAAUUAAGUUUUAACGCAUUAAGAUUAAGCCUUAAUAAAUAUGGCCAAAAGUACUAGCCUAUCUAACUCUUUGUAAGACAUUCCAGGACGCUUUCUUAAUUGCUAGUUUACCUGCUAAUGCUAUUACAUCAUUUAAAAUACGUGAAUUAGCUGGUAUAGUACGCAAAAUAAAAUUUUAGAUUAGACAAAAG